AUGUUUAAAAGGUUUAAUUUUACUCGAUUUCGUUGCCCUACGAGGGUGUUCUUAUCGCCUAAAAAUGACGCCGCUUCCAAGACGCCGAGCCUUGAGAGCUUGGAGAUUGCAAUCCGUGACUUCACGCAGUCUGGCAGUUAUCAGGACACGGGUAAACUGAAAUCACUGCUGGAUGAGCUCGUUCAGUGUGAUGAUCCACGCAAGGUGCGCCUAUGCAAGGAGGCAUGCCGUCUAGCCCACACAGCCGGCUACCAUGCACGGUGUGCGGAGCUUUUUUUUAGUUGCCGUACGUUGGCGCCGCUUCCGUUGAGUGAAACUGUCAUCAAUGCCGCGGCAUUCACGACGAGGCCGGAAUACCUGCAGAAGUGUUUAUCCGCUCUUGAUAAUGCUGAUUUGAGCCAGGGCGCUUCAACACGUGGAAUGCCCCCUUUUUUGCUGCUGCUGCUCCGUAUCUAUUGGCAAAGCACGCGGUGUUUUGUGCGAAUCGAACAUUCCCGUCCUCGUGCGAGGAGUAUCAAGAACGAGGAGGUGGUAGUGAUUUUGGAUGCGAUUGGGACGAACCGAGCGGAAAAUUUGGCGCUUCUGGCGCAAUACCGUGCCAUCUGUGAAGAAGCGUUUCUUCUGCUUCACCUACCAGGGGAGGUUUCGUUUGAUAGUUGGUGGUCAAAUUCCAAACGUUUGGUGUUGUAUCACGCAGAAGAUGAGGGCGAAGCUGACGUAUACGCGCAGCUCUUCUCAUGGUGGGAGCGUUACCUUGGCGCCAAGUCGAGCGAGUGGUUUACGCCAAUGUGCCUCGUGUGUAUGAUGCGCUCGUGUGUCAAGGCAGAACGUUGGGACUUCGCCAUUCGAUAUGCGGCGUUGGCGGAAACUUACUUUUUAUCGGAAAACAACUCACCAGAUGAUCUGCUUUUGCAGCAAACACUUAUUUUUUUUGGUGCAUCGAUGCAAAGUACACGGGGAGCUGUGUUGAUUAGGCGUAUUCGUCAUCGUUUUCCCGAAUACACCCCUUCCAUCCCCGUAGUGCACAGUGCGGUGCGAGUGGCGGGGGACGUAGCGGACGAAGAGCUGGCGGUGUGGUGUCUUCAGGCGUUACUCAGCGAGAUACAGCCCAUCCCACCGUCGUCGCAGGACAUAUUCCCUUGCCUUAUUGCCCUUGCCAAGUGUAGAGCGACGAACUUCAAGAAGCUGCUUCAUGCGCUGGAAGAAUCUGGCAUCAUCCAACUGACAGGAGAGGAACGCCUGCAUCUGGAUUUACUGUUUAUUCGGCACAGUGUGUUCUGUAAGGAAGAAUUGGGCGAACGGAUGGAGAACUACCUUGCACCUGUCACGGGAAGCAGUAGCUCUGCUGAGUUCUCAGUGCGGAAUGUCAAUCUGCUUCUUUACAUACUGCAGGAAUGUGAGCACCCCGGGUUCAUGAAUUACUACACCGUUUUGGGGAGGGAAUUCCAUAGUCGAGAAACGUUACUCGUGAAGGCGCAGUGGGUGGCGAUUGCACUGAAAUGGGCCAUGUCGCAACCGGCGCUGGAGCACAGUGAAUACAAACUUCUUGUGAAGGAGGCCCACGCUCUGCUUGACGCCGCGGUCGAUGGUUCAAGCCCGGUUUCGCUUAGCCACAAUCUGAAGUCCAAACUUCGCACACGGCUUGGUGUGGUGGAACAACUGUGGGGAAAAGGGAAAAGGAGCGAAGAGGAAACUGCGGGGCCAAACAAUAUGGGCGACAUAUCGCUUGCGCGGUUCUUGCGGCACCGUCAUCUUCUUCCCCGAGUCCGCCCUCCGGAAGUGGGAGAUGAUGCCUUUCAAAGGAUCAAACUUUGGCGUGUUUCUGACGUUCUGGCUUCGCUUUCACAACGAGAUUGGAGAGAAGUCAUCCAGCAACGCCGUUGA